CUAAUUAUUUAUUCUGUAAAAUCAGACAAGGCAGUUUCUUCACUUUGUGAACAACUUUUCCCCUCUUACUGGUUCUUCUUCCAGUGAUGUAUGGAAUCAGAUUGGAAAGGUUAGUUUUGGUUAGUUAUCUGCAAUGAUAGAAGGUAGUAGAAUCCGGUUGAAGACAUGGCAGCAGGCUGCUGUGGCAGUGGGUUCGGCAGUGGGGGCAUUGUUGGACCCUCGAAGAGCAGAUUUGAUAGCGGCUCUUGGUGAGACGACUGGAAAGCCUGCUUUUGAGAAAGUUCUUCAGAGGAUGAAGAGUUGCCCUGAAGGGAAGGCUGUGUUAUUGGAGCGUCCUCGUGUUGUUUCUGCAAAUGUCGGACAUGCUUGGGACCUGCCUGAAAACACAUUCGGUGCUGCCUAUGCUAGGUUUAUGGGAUCCAGGAACUUUUCACCAGAUGAUCGACCUCCUGUUCGGUUCAUGGAUACAGAUGAACUGGCCUAUGUAACAAUGAGAGCUCGUGAAGUGCAUGACUUCUGGCAUACCCUUUUUGACCUUCCCACUAACUUGAUUGGGGAGACAUCGUUGAAGGUUAUUGAGUUUGAGCAGAUGGGCCUUCCUAUGUGCCUGCUGUCCGUUGUAGGGGGCACCGCUAGAUUCAGUGGAAAGCAGAGGAAAUUGUUUUAUCAGCAUUACUUCCCCUGGGCUAUUCGUGCUGGCAUGCAAUGCACUGAUCUUAUGUGUGUGUAUUAUGAGCGGCAUUUUCACGAAGACUUGGAAGAUGUUCGCAGAAAACUGCAAAUUGUUCCUGCUCCCGUUGUUCCUUAGCUGUAUGUAUUCGGACAUGAAAGUUGUUUUGGUGAUGGCAUUGUGCUAGAGCUUUGCUAUCCAUAUUUUGGAAUAAAAUCAACUGUACAACCUUUUCCUCUAAUAUCUUAGUCAAUUAGUUUUGUAUUUGUUGGAUUUUAUCAUAUGAUCAGUAAAAUAGACUUACAUUACAAUCACAA